AAGGCAGCAGAAACCCUGCCCUGUGAAGAGCAUUCUAGCAGUUGACACUAUGAAGGGGGCACUGCUUGUGCUGGCCUUGCUGGUGACCAGAGAGCUGGGCAUCAAGAUGGCGGAAGCUUGCCCGAGUUUUUAUGCAGUCCUUGGUGUGUUGUCCCUUGGAAGCAAGACACUGUUGGACACCUCCCUCAAUCUGGUCAAUGCUACUGAACCGGAAAAAGUAGCCAUGGGAAAAAUCCAGGAUUGCUACAAUGAGGCGGGAGUCAUAACCAAGAUCUCGGAUCUGAUCGUCAUGGUAACUUACUCUCCUUCCCCCAACUCCCACCCUGACGAGAUACAUGCAGGAUAUUGCAAUAUGCCACAUUCAAAUAGAUCAUGCAAUCGUGGGCUACACAACAGACAAGAGCUAUAAACAAUCAAGUACAUA